AUGCAAAUGCAACAGGUUCGCUUUGAUCGCGCUAAACAGGUGCCCGUUCCGCCCGAAAACGCUGCGCCACUCGAAAUAUCGCGAGAGAUGAGACAGCAGCUUCGUGUGAUGCGCCAUCAUGCGUUCGAGCGGUAUCAGGAGAAUGCGCAAUGGACAAAGGAGCUACUGGAGGGUUCCAUGUCUCAAGAUGGUGUAGUAGUGACGCAUAGCCACCUUUUAGCGUCAGUUGAGGAGCUACAGAUGAAGUUAGAGGCAAGAAAAAAUUUGGUACAGGACCAGGAAAGGAAGUUGGUGCAACUGGAGAAGGCACACGAGAUGACGCAGCGCCGAUUUGAAGACAUACUGACAGCUUUGAAAACGGCGGAAGAUGCAGCCGCAAUAAAUGAGUGCGAGGCAAAACUGUCAAGCGAGAAGCGAUUACUGUUGCCGAACAAGUUACGCAAGAUGGAGAUUGUAAGAUUAUGA